AUGUUCCUUUUGGCCGAAUUACGUGACACUGUGAAGGUUCAUCCGAGAUUUUUUGGGGAAAAAAUUCAAAAGUCUAUUGUAACGACUUUGAAUAAAAAAUACGCCAACAAGAUUGUUCACAAUGUUGGCCUGUGCAUAGCUUUGUGGGACGUGACCAAAAUGAAAGAUAGCUAUAUAUUUCCUGGCGAUGGUUCAUCUCACACCAUUGUUGAGUUCAGGUUCGUGGUUUUUAGGCCAUUCGUUGAUGAGAUCCUAACAGGAAAAAUAAAAAAUUCAUCAUCCGAAGGAGUCAAUGUGACACUAGGCUUCUUCGAUGACAUCUUCAUCCCUGCUGAUUCUCUCCCUAUUCCUAAUAGAUUUAUCGAAGCCAGUCAACUCUGGGCCUGGGAGUACGAAAUGGAAGAUGGAAAAAAACAUGACCUAAUUAUCGAGCAUGGAGAAGAAAUUAGAUUCAAAGUUAUAGAUGAGAUGUUUGUUGACAAGACACCAUCCACACUAGCUAACCCUACAACAAUCCAACAGCCUACAGAUGCAAAUGUCGCCCCAUACUCAAUUGUGGCCUCAAUUAGUGACCCCGGAUUAGGGUUGUUAUCUUGGUGGGCGGGGACAUAAAAGAAAAUUGACAUUUAUUAUUAUUAUUACUGCUGUCAUCAUUACAUACUGUUGCUAAUACUGUUGUUGGGUUUAGUUAAAAAAAUUCAUCUGUGAUAACAUUUCGAGCACCCGAUCUCGGGGAGAAUGUCGUCUAAACGUGUGUUGUUGUUGUUGUGAUACAAUUUAGAACUUAUUCUUAACUGAACAAAAAUGUUUGUUCGUUUGCUCCAACUCAACAAUGUACAUACACACACACACACACAGACAUUUGUAAGUACUACCAUUACGUUGAACAAUCAACACGUAUGCGUGCAAACUCGCGUACAUUCACGUACGGGCACACACUCAAGUUAUUUUGCAUGCGUGUGCAGUUGAAUUCGCUGAAGGUCAAAGAUUAUCCGUACCACAUUUUCUAUGAAAGUAAGUUUCUAUAUAUAACAUUCAGACUCCUACAAGAAACUUUUAAGUAAAUUCAGCUGUAGAUACAGAUUCCAGACAUUUUUAAAUUUGUCUGUAGAUACACAUUUUUAAGGUAUUACAAAUCAACCGCUACCCAUCCUUAUUUUACUUUAAUUUUUAUCAAAUACUUUUUACAUUAUAUUUGAAAAAAGAUUUCGUAAG